AUGCUGAAAGGUCUGAACCACUGGUGUGAAAAUGACACUGAAAUAUUUCCUGCUGUCAGAUGUAAAGCUCUGGAUUAUGUGUUUGAGACCACCACCAGUCUGAAGGUAAUGAUGAACCUGUUGGCGCUGCCAGCACCUUACCUCACGGGUACCAGUGACCUGUAUCCUCACAGUGGCAGCCUGCCUGAGGUCACCUACAGGACGCCGUGGAUCAGAGGAAAGAUAAUCUCCACCUGCAGACUCUUCGUCAGCGGCUCUGUACUCGACGACUUGGGACGAAAAAAACAAGUUAAUUCACCAGAGAGAUUUAAUGUCACUCUGAGUCACGUGAGAGACGAGAUGGAGGUGAUUCCCAGCUCUAAUCCUGACUCACUGGAUGAUGUCGACCAGGAUGAGUGGAUUAAUCUUUUAAAAGGCUCAAAGAUCAGUGAUCCGUGUCAGGAAUCCUUUUUCAAGUUGUCGGCUGACCAGACGUGUCAUGAAAGUGAAAAUAAGAGCAAAGAUCUCCACCUCCCAGAAGAGAUGAUGGUUGUCAAUUUCCUGCCACAAUUUAAGAGACAUCUGCCCACGCUGAAAACCAAACUGUCCAGACUGAGGACGUUUCCUGUGGCCGACCCUCUGCUGAGCUCGACAGGUGAAGUCAUCUCCGAGGAAACAAUAUUCAGACACUGUGCACCCUAUGAAACGCCUCCUGAUGUUUUCCCCAGUGACGUUCAAAUGUGUGCAAACAUUCACGAGGAAUUUGUUAAAGACUCAGAAAUGAAGGAAGAGUCUCUGCUGUUACCUGAUGUUGUGGAUGCUCUCAAACUGGCCGCAGAAAACUUCACCACUUUUUCAAGCGUAUGUGGUCGUGUGAAUGUUGUUCCUGAACAGCUGGAUGAGCAACGUACUGUCCUGGAUUUGCUUCAUGCACCAGUAUCGAUGGACAUUGCCCAGUAUGUUUUACCAGAGGAGCCCAGCAGAGGACGCAAGAUGAACGGAGGCCUGAUCGACACAGAUUUACCAGGACGUUUGUUGCUUCCAACUGAAAUGGAGCUGGACGUGACUUUGACUUCUGAGACCAGUCAGACUUUCAUCUGUCUGUCGACUAAAGAUCUACAGAGGGAAGAUUCGUCUCUACUCAGCACUCUAUGUUUGGUGUCAGAGAAAGCUCAAAAGGAGAUGGAGACGGCACUUUGGAUGGCAGAGAAGCAUCCCACCUUCGUACUGGGCUUUCUGUUGGCAGAACCUCAAACAUACGAACCAACUGCUGAUUUCCAGCCUCUGUCUGAAGCCUUGAAAUUAUUACACGAGCAAAGUUUUGUGAGUGUUGGUGACGAACUGCAGCCCCAGAUGGAGGCGGGAGUCCUGCAGGUGUGUACGAGCAGCUGCUGUGAGUUCACAGAGAGCCUGAGCUCCGAGUUUCUGUCUACUGAGGAGGACGAGAGGGAGGAGGAAGAUUUCACCAAACUGUCACCUGAACAUUUGGAGUUCGCCGUCAGAUCGAUCCAGAUGAGUCCCACGAACAGAACUCACCUGAACUCACCUCAUCAGAAGAAGUCUGAAGCUGUUGCAGCCUUUCUCCAAAAAGAAACCAUCACAGAUUCAUCUCAGAACAGCCUCCCGACUCACGCUGUCAACACAAAUAAAGAAGUCAAACCUGCAGUGUUAAUGUUUCCAAAACCUGAAACCACCACAAAGACCAAACAUGGCGUCACAGACAAGAUGUUUUCAGAGGUUGUAUCCAUCUCAUCUGCUCGUAAGAACGACACCAGUUACACAGGUAGAGAAGUCUGUGAGAGCCAAUCACAGCUGAGCGACGUCCCCUCCAGACCGAACAUCAGAGACGAUCACAGAGGCGUCCUGGUCUCCAGACGUCCACCAGAGAAGGACCUGGACCCUCUGUCCACCUUCAUGAUGCUGAGGUCCCAGCAGAGGUCCCCUCAGAGCUGCGUCAACACUGCAGCACCAAAGGUGGACGAACAACCUCCACAGUCGGAGCUGCGGCCUCCUGCAGACCAGAUUAAAAAACUAGACAGGACACCAAACUUGAUGAAUGCUGCUGUGUCAGGAAACGCUACCAGAGAGCAGAAAGCAGCCGGUCAGCCGACGGGUCGGCUCAUCAGUCCUGUCAUCAGUCCGUCCGUCACUCAGGACAGAAAGGAGAACAGAGUCCUGCAGGUCCAAGCUACUGCCAGCCAGCAGCGUGCCUACUGUGAGCUGCUGGCCUUCGCUGAGCCCCGUCUGUCCUCUGCCAAACAGCUGUGGCUCAACUUCCCAGCGUGGGGAGACUUCAGCAGUCUGACCUCGGACCAAACACACUUCCUGCUCAAACAGCAGGAGAGGGCGCUCUGCAGGACCACCGCUCAGAGCGCAGAGCUCAUCAGAGAUCAGGAACUACUUUUCAACCAGGUGGCUCUGAUCCAUGUGCUGGUGACAUUGAAGGACCUGCUGCUGAAGUGUGACCUCGGCACUGCUGUGGAGUACCUGACGAAGGCGGCCGAGGCGUGCGCAGAGCAGAGUCUGGAGCAUCUUGUGAAGAGGCUGCAGAUCAUCCUGUACCUCAGUCACAGGGACCAGGAGUCGUCCCCCAAACUGCUGGAGCUGCAUCAGCUGCUGGCCGCAUGGCUGCAGGGCAGGAAGGGACAAAACAACACGGACAAAAUUCUUGUCAUAAUAUCAGUCGACUCUGACGACAGCAGAUCAACAAUCAUCACAGAUUUGAACCAACUGACUGAUGUAACAGCUGUUUGUCCCAUGGAGGAUAAUAACAAACUGAAUGGUGCCAGUGUGGUCAGCAGUGUGCGUGACAGUGUGUGCGCGCUGGUGUACGAGAAGCAUAUAGGCCCCGACUUCCCCUGGAACAGUUUCUCCCUGGUGGUGGAGUACGACCAUCCAGGCCAGUCUCCGUGGGCCGCAAUCUGCAGGGAGAGGAGCAUCAGUCACCUCACCUUCAACACAAUCCUCCAUGACGAGAAGAAAAAAGCCUCUUGGUGCCUGGAGGACAACGUGCCGUACGUAUUGGUUGUGACUGAGGGGCUCCUCAACUGUCCGGUGCUGCUGCAGACGCUGGAGUCAGUGUUUAAUAUAACCGUGCUGGAGAGAAGUCACUGUCCGUCCCUCCAGAUGCUCGGCGGGACUCAUCACUACGCUGUGAUCACGGUGGAUGAAAGCACCGCUAUCGUCGUUCAGGAGCAGGAUGAACUGUGUGCGGAGCGGGCGAGUGAAGGAGUGGUGAUGAGGCUGACUGCUCUGUCUCUGCAGUACAGCUGCUGCUGGAUCAUCCUGCACUGCCCAGGCAGCCAGGGGGGAGGAUUUUCCGGCGAAGCUUUCAGCAACUUGGUGUUGGUUUAUUCGUCUCUGGUGCUGCUCGGCAUGAAGUCGGAGGAUCUAGAUGUGAAGGUGCUGAUUGUGUCGGAGGUGUCGGAAAUCGCCAAAUGGAUCAGUCAGAUCUGCUUCCUCUGCCUGAUGUCCAAUGACAGGGAUCUUCUCAGCUUCCUGGACAGAGACUGGCUGGCUGUGACGCCCUCACAGGUGACCAUCACAUCACAAAAUCAGAGCAGGAGAAGGUUGACGCCAUGAAUGCUGGACUAUAGCUAUGAGGAACAGUCUCUGCUGCAGUUCCCGUGUAUUAACCCUCUGGUUUGUCAGCUAAUGCUGAAGAGAGCGGCCUCCUUCCAGUGGCUCCUGGGGGCCUCUCUGUCUCAGCUGAAGGAGCUGCUCCCUGAGGUGCCACAUAAAGUCCUAAAGCUGUUCAGUGACACCACCUCUCUGUACACGCUGACCGCACAUCCAGACCGGCCCGACUCUCAGACUGUGAUCAAUGAAACGAACCAUCAAACCAGUCCACCUAACAGCCCGUGGACCAAAACACCUGUCCCUGAUCCACAUCCACAACUCCCCAUCAACCUGGAUCCAGAACCAGAACCAUUCUCUAGCAACUACAGCACCAGCUUCCUGUUCGGAGCUGAGAGCGCAGAUCCAGACUCGACAGAGCAAGAGGGAAACACCGAUUUCAGACUAGAUCUGGGUUGCUCCUUCGGUACCCCGGAUCUCCAGAGGAGCUGGACCAGCAGCGAUCUGUGGAAGGAGGACGACAGAAGCAGGGACAAGGUGACGUUUUCUGGUUGGAGGGGCAGAUCCGGAGCAGUGGGGCGAGUUGUUGGGAGAGUAGACGAUGAGUGGGCGCACAGAGUUCCACCAAACCUCAACGAAUACACAAACUACCUACAAACCGCUCCCGACAGUCCCCUAAAACUGGAAUCCACCUUCAGUUACAGCCCCGUACUGCAGCAGCCAGCCAACACCCAAACAUCCACCUUCUCCGCAGGCGACGGCGACCUCGGGCUGAGCCUUCCCGCAGAAGUCACGCUGUGGGGUCGAGGUCAAAGCGGCCAAGACUUCCCCUCUAAUCUCGGGGGGAUUUCGAGACUCCCGGCGAACUACGGCUCCAAAUGUUGGAUCGGACACGAGAGGAAGAGGAACGGAGAGGCUGCUGGAUUGGUUGGCACAGCGCUGACGCCACCGAAGAUGGGGAGGUUAAGUUACGAGAAGGUGCCUGGCCGAAGCGACGGACAGACGAGGCUGAAAUUAUUUUAG